CGGCGCGGGGCUCGGCCCGGUCCGGGCUGCGGCGCUCGGCCGGCAGGCUGGGCGGUGGCGGGGGCCGCCGCUCUGCCCCUCAGCCCCGCCAGGGCCGGCUGGGCGCCGGGGACCCCGCGCCGCCGCCGCUGCCCCCUCACGGCGAAGCCCCCCUCGGGAGCCGCAGACCCGGCCGGCCGCCGGGGCUGGCAGCCGCUGGGACGGUGCCGGCGUGCCCGGCCGGGAGCCGGAGCCUGCCCCGGUGCCGCCGGUCCGGUGCCGGGCGCUGCUGCGGGCGCUGUGCCCGGUGCCGCUCCGCGCAGGCCGGCGGGGCGGUGGGGCGGGCAGCGCGGCCGAGCCUGCCCCGAGCCCCGCUGCUGCCGCCGCCGCCCGGUUUAUAUUUUUUAUUUUGCCGUGUGCCGCCUGGGGGUCCCAGCGCGUCCCCUGACACCGCCGGGCUGCGGGCGGCCCCGCGCUGGAGAACCGGCCGCUUUGUCCGGCGCCGCGCUGUGCCCGGGGGCCGGGCGGUGGGUGCUGGCCGGGGGCCGGGCGCAGGCGGAGACAGGAGCUGUAGAGCCGCUUACUCCCAGUGUUCCAUGUGGAACCCAGGGAACCUGAAGGAGGCUGUGAAGCUAGUGGAAUGAUUCCCUGUGUAGCUGAAACUAUGUUAGUUGACUGCCGCUAGUGGCAUGGUGAGAUGUGUUGAAGAGCAGCUGCGAGGGUGUCUGACGGCGAGGGAACUGCUCUAGAAGCUGGGCUUGCAACAUCAUGGGCCAGUGUGUCACGAAGUGCAAGAAUCCUUCUUCUACCCUUGGCAGCAAAAAUGGGGAAAGGGAAUCCGGCAGCAAGUCACAUAGUAAGAGAAGCGCAGUUCACAAAGAUGACCAUGGUUCCGCUUGCGGGAAGUCUUCAGGAGAUAUACUCGUGAAUGGGACAAAGAAAACGGACACUGCUGUAGAGUCUAGUCAGCCUCCAACGUUUUCUGGAGACACAAAGAAAGACUCUGUUUCCAGUGCAGAAGAAUCUUCGCUCCAAAGGAUUGGGGAGUUAUUUAGGAGGUAUAAGGAUGAACGGGAAGAUGCCAUACUGGAAGAAGGAAUGGAACGAUUUUGCAAUGACCUCUGUGUUGAUCCCACUGAAUUUAAAGUGCUAGUUUUGGCUUGGAAAUUCCAGGCUGCUACCAUGUGCAAAUUUACAAGGAAGGAGUUUUUCGAAGGCUGCAAAGCAAUAAAUGCAGACAGCAUUGAUGGCAUUUGUGCAAGGUUCCCCAGCCUCUUAAACGAAGCCAAGCAGGAAGAUAAAUUCAAGGAUCUCUAUCGUUUCACCUUCCAGUUUGGCCUAGACUCUGAAGAAGGACAGAGGUCGCUACAUCGGGAAAUAGCCAUUGCCCUAUGGAAAUUAGUCUUCACCCAAAACAAGCCCCCCAUUUUGGACCAGUGGUUGCACUUCCUAAUUGAGAACCCCUCAGGAAUCAAGGGAAUCUCCCGGGACACGUGGAACAUGUUUCUAAAUUUUACUCAGGUGAUUGGACCAGACCUUAGCAACUACAGCGAGGACGAGGCCUGGCCGAGUCUCUUCGAUACCUUUGUGGAGUGGGAAAUGGAGCGAAGGAAAAAGGAGGAGGAAACCAAAUGUAUUUCGUCUUCGGACACAGAGGGCCUGUGUGCAGAGGAACAGACUUAGCGGCGGCAAAGCGGCAGUGACGAAAGUGACCUGUUGCCCUUCAUGAAAUGUAAACUCUGGAUGUUUCUGGAAAUUACCGAGGCUCCAGAUUUUUCUACUUUACACCUUUUUCUGCCUUGUCUUUGAAAGGGCUCUAAAAUGCUGUAUCAUGUUUUAGGCACUUUCUUAAUUUUGGUUAUUCCUUUUACUCUUGCCCUGAAAUAUUUGACCCUGGCUACAAGUUAAGCGUUUUAUGGGGUUUUUUUUUAAGACUUCAGAUUAGUAUAAGUAAGUCUGAUAUUUCUUGCACAAUGUAGACCUUUUUAGUUAGGUUAAAUUAACAUUGCUAAAUUAUACAGUGCCAGAUUAAGUUUUUUCAUACUACAUCUGUCAGGGCAGGUCUGUACUGUGUGUAGUGCUGUUUACAUUGUUGAAAUUUUAGGCUGUAAUAAUUUUAAGGUUUUAUACCAAGAUGAACAGCAGUGUUAACUGUAAAUGCAUUAAUCCCCUGGAAAUAAGGCUCUAAAAACCAACAUAAGCGACAGCUUUUUUGUAAUACGGCUAAUUCCCAUUUUAAGCUAACUCUUAGCGAAUGAGUCCAGAUCAUUCCUUUUUUUUGGAGUUUCAAACUUAAUGUUGGGAUUGUUUUAUAAAAUUACUGUACCUGUCAGUCAACUGAGUGGUAGAUGGCGAUUUGUAUCUAAAUCUCUUACACAUCAUGUAAUAAAAGAGCAGUACUACCUCAGUUUUAUUGAAAGUGGACUUCUUGAUGGACUUCCAUUUUCUCUGGAAGUUGUAUUUUUGUGGUUACAUGAGAAUAUUUUUACUUGACUAAAAGAACCAAAGGUUCUGCUUCUUUAGUUUGCUAAACAUUGACAGAAGCAACACACAAACCCUAAGUCUUCAAGGAAAACUGUGGUAUAAUUCUGCUUUGUUUGAUUUAUACCUGAAGUAUUAUCUUACUUGUCUGGCAAGCACAGUACUUCUAUGUAAGGAACUAUCUUUUGCAUUAAUAUUGACGAACCAGUUUUUUAAAACCUAUGUUUAAUUGCUGAAUUGCAGUUAAUACUCCACACUUGCUGGAGUGACAAUAUCUGCAUCUGAUGACAAAAUGAAUUCUUAAUGUGUUCUUAAUGACAACAGUGUAGAUGAGUCAUUUUUAGACUGAUUUGAUAAUAUUUGGAUAGGAGUCAAUUUAUUAUUUUACAAUGCCUGUAUUGGGACUAUUUGCCUGUUGAAACUGUUGUGACUUAAAGGGAGUUUUAUUAACACUGGUUGAAACUUUUGGUUAUUGAUGCUACCUUUUUUAAUUUUAGUAUGUCAACUUUUUUACACCUUUUGGUAAAAGGGAUGAUUGCCAAGGCUUUCUAUAGAGCUAAGUACUGGCUUAAUGAAUUUGAUACAUUUCCAUUGCACACCUUUUAUUUUCAGAGCUGCAUUUCAGGAUCGUAAAACGGCUUCAAUUUAAAAACCAACCAAACCAAA